AAGGGAAUUGUUCUCGAGGAAGGCGUAUGGGUUUGGUAUCUGAUAGCGAUGCUGACGAUAAGUCUAAAUCGGAUUGCACUUGGGCAGAACAAGUUGAUGAAUUUCUGGGAUCACCGCCAUUGGCUGUUGAAUAUGCAGGUGAAGAAACGUUUUCAUUUAUGUGAUGCGCAAAAUUCGUUGGUGUUACGUCGAAUAGAAUGUAACGAUCGUCACAAAACUGCACAUGAAACGGGUCUUACUGCGGCCACUUCAAACAAACAACGCAUAUUGCAAAUUGUUUUUGCUGCAUUCAUCGAUCUGAUGUGUGAAGCUGUACCGAAGGAAACGAGAGAACAACUUAGAAGUGUUUUGAAUCGUACGGUAAUUCAAUGUCGACUCAUUCCGGCUGCAUAUUUAUCGGACGAUUUAAUUCCUUUGCGAUCAGCGUUUGUGAGUCGAAUCGCACAAUUGGUUAGCAACAAUUUCAAUCUUUCAGCGAAUAUGGAAAAUCCACUUUCUACUCACGAAUUGCAAACAUUUUCCAGAUUGUCGUUCCGAGAUUCUGCCGCAAAUUUGUUUUUUCACAGUCGCUAUCGUAGUGAUUUCGAAGAGAUUCGAAUGAUAGGCAAAGGAGGAUUCGGAACCGUUUUUCUGGUUAAUUCUGUUGUGCGUUCUCGAAUCGAUAAUUGUAAUUAUGCGAUAAAGAAGAUUCCGUUCUCUUUGGCCCGAAAUUCUCAGAUGUUGAAAGUAAUAAAUGAAGUUCGAUUGUUAGCAUCGUUGCAACACGCGAAUAUCGUUCGAUAUUUCGGUGCAUGGGCUGAAAUUAACUCGAUGCAAACACCGUUACUCCCCUCUCCCAAUGUAAAUAUUCGAGAAGUCAGAAAUUGUUCGGAAACAGAAAGCCAACACGCAGCUCGAUUGUUAAUGCUCGAUGAGAAUAGCAGUGCAGAAGAAGAGGGAGAUUGUUGUAAGGAAAUAAAACAGAUCAAAUCACGAUGUUGUCGGUGCGAGGACGUGCUUGAAGGUACGAGUGAGCGCAUCCACCCCUUGAAGGAUGCGCUCGAAGAUACGAGUGAGAAUGAAGCGACGAUGUUCGUACAAAUGGAAUUGUGCUCUCGUACACUUAAUGAUUAUAUUGAAUUUCGCAAUUCAAGUGUAACUCAUAGAAAAGUUGAUUGUGAUUUUAACAUUUCUGUUCUAAAACAGUUAUUCUCGGCAUUAAACUAUAUACAUUCGAAAAAUAUUAUCCAUCGUGAUAUUAAACCGUGUAAUAUAUUUCUGCGUGAUCAAAAAACGCAGUCAUCAGCUGCAUCUUCAUCACCAUUAUGCUCACAAAUACGAGUACUUAUUGGUGAUUUCGGAUUGGCAUGUAAUGAUUUGAAUCGAUUUGAAACGAUCGCAACGAAAUCGUGCGAUGAUAUGAGUGUCGUUGACGAGUGCGAUGCCACAAUUGAACGUUCAUCAUCAGUAUUUAUCGCACCAACAAACAAGUCGUCACGUCGAACUGAUAUGCAACACAGCAUUGCCGUGGAUAUCUAUAGUGCAGGGAUUGUCUUUUAUGAGUUGUAUCGACCGUUCACAACAGCAAUGGAACGUGUAAAGGCAAUAAUGAAUUUGCGAGAUGGUUAUUUCGAUGAAGAGUUCGUCAGUGACUGGCCCAAUGAAUCUUCGUUGAUCAGGUCUCUGUGUCAGUCUGAACCGAGUGAACGUCCGCGUGCAUUUGAGGUGCUCAAUAAAAUCGAAUGUUUCCCUGGGCAAAAUAAUGAUGUUGAUAGUUUGAAGGAGGAAAUAGUAUCAUUGAAAGAAAUUUUGAGGAAUAAAAAUGAAAGGAUUCGUCGAUUAGAAAAGAGAAUUAAAUCAUUAACGCAGUUAUGUCGCCGAUAUGAUGUGCCAUUUUAUGAUCUCAAUGUUGAUUUAUGA